GUGUUGGAAGCCUUCACUGAUCGCCUGACUAAACUGGGAGUGUUAGCCAGGAGGGACAUUCCCAGCCUGACCAAGUACCAGAUCAUCCUAGCCAGAGAUCAGUAUAGAAAGAAUCCUUCUUCACAGCACAUGGGAACCCAUCAAGGCAUCAUUGAAGGAGACUUUGCACUCUGUAUCAGUCUGUACCAUGGUUAUGAACUGCUGCUGCAGAUGGGAAUCCGCUCCUUAUUUAUCUACCUCUGGGGAAUUAUGGAUGGAUCCAAAGGGCUAACCCGUACGAAGAACGAGCUGGGACGCAAUGAGGACUUUGUGAAGCUCUACCAGCAGCUCCGAAAUAUGUUUGCAGACACAGCUCUGGCUCCAGUCAAUGGAAGUGUUUACCAGGUGCCUGAAAAGAAAAAGGAGUUUAUCUACAGCCAUCCAAAGUUAAGGAAGUUGGAGGAAAUUGUAAUAGAACACUUCAAAUCCUGGAAAAAGGGAUGCAAGAGUGAGAGCCCCUGUGGGGACACCAGGGUGAUGAUCUUCUCCUCGUUCCGGGACAGUGUGCAGGAGAUCGCCGAGAUGCUGUCCCGGCUCAGCCCCACUGUCAGGGCCAUGACCUUUGUGGGACACUCCACAGGGAAGAGCACUAAAGGCUUCACCCAGAAGGAGCAGCUGGAGGUGGUGAAACGUUUCCGUGAGGGUGGGUAUAACACCCUGGUGUCCACCUGUGUGGGGGAGGAAGGCUUGGACAUUGGAGAGGUUGAUCUCAUCAUCUGCUUCGACGCCCAGAAGAGCCCAAUCCGCCUGGUGCAGCGCAUGGGCCGCACGGGGCGGCGGCGACAGGGACGGAUUGUGGUCAUCCUCGCCCAGGGCCGGGAGGAGAGGACUUACAACCAGAGCCAGUGCAACAAAAGGAGCAUCAACAAAGCUAUUUCAGGAAACAAAGCCCUUCACUUCUACCAGCACAGCCCACGGAUGGUCCCUGAAGGCAUCAACCCAAAGAUGCAUAAAAUGUUUAUUACUGCUGAAAAGUAUGAGCCAAGCAACUGCAGAAAGCUUCCCAAGGAGAGAAGAUCCAGCUCCCUGCAGCACAAAUCUGCUCUCUUUGCCUGUGUGGCUGGCCAAAAGCAAAUGAACUCCCGUGAGAGUUGGGCCCUGACACCUGAGGAAUACAAAAUAUGGGACAGACUCUACAGGAUCAAGGAGAGUGAUGGAAUAAAGCAGCCUGUGUUGCCUCGAAGUCAGUUUGAGACCUUGGGAAACCUGGAAGAAACAUCACAUGAAGAGGGAGAAACCCAUGAGCUUUCCUUGAAUGAGUGGAGCAUCUGGCAGAGUUGUCCCCUCCCCACGGCCAUGGUUGACCACUCGGAUUACUGUCACCACUUCAUCAGUGUGAUGGACAUGAUAGAACAGAUGAGGCACCAACAGGGAGAUUGCAGCUAUGAGUUGGAGCUCCAGCCUCACUUACAUUUGGAAGACGUACAUGUUCCAGGGAAGAAAAGUCACCACACUGUGGCCAACUCCACCUGUGAUCAGAGAGCUCACUCCUCUAGGAAUGUAGGACACACCUCGAAAAUGAACUCACUCUCACCUGGUACAGCUGAUAAUGAGAGUGAAUUUUUUGCCAUCUUUAAAAUCACCAAACCAAAGGCUCCCAAAAGAACUUCUGCAUUCAGUGUGGAAAUGCCUGUGCUGCCUGCAGAUCCCUUGGCUUCUCCUUCAGGAAGAAGCCUUGCUGUGGCUGAACACACUGAGCAGGGCAGUGAGAAUAAGGAGGAACUAGAGGUGACCUUUGACUUAAAUGCAUGUAUCGACGUCUGUGACAGCAGUGAGAGCACUGAAAUACCUGACAGUGCAGCCACAAAGGAAAUAAAACCUGCAAAGGAAGCUAGCAGGACCCUGGGGGUGAACCAGGAAGAUUCAGGUUAUGAGACAUCACCCGUGUCCUCUGACUUGUUCUAUCUCCCUGAACCCUAUGUGGAUCCCUUUGUGCCUGUGAGACCACGUGAGGAGUCUCCUGGGCUGAAACAGCCAUUGUCCCCUGUGCAGAGGCUUUUAGCACAGUCUCCUCCCCCUCUCAGUGAACUGGAUGAUCUGGAUAAAGUGAUGAGAAGUGAAGAAACAACAUGUCCUGUUCCAGGAGCUGUUUGUGAUGGUGACUCGGAGGCACUGCAGGACAGUGUCCUCCCUCCGGCCUCAGAACCUGGUCGCUCACUGCUGCUCUUUGAAAACCCCAACCUGAAAGGCCCCAGGGAAUUCUGCACUUCUGGAAGUCCCAGUUUGGCCAAAACUGUGCCGUCUCCCGAGGCUGCUCUUGGAGCCCUAGAGGAACACCCCUGGAAUGAGAGCUUUGAUAGCCUGUUUGAUGCUGAGUUCACUGAAACCCAAGAGGACACUUCAGCAGUGAGCCACACCCUGACAGAUAACCCUUCAAAUGAGCUCUUUGUUCAAAAAGAUGUUGACAUUUGGAACCAAAAGGUGGUUCUGGAUGAAGAGCAGAGUAUCCAUUUGUUUGAGGAUGACCAGGUUGAUGACACAGUCCCUGGCAGGUGCUCUGUGAGCAAUAAGCCUCCAGAGAGAUCAGGCCCAAGGGACAGUGCCCUCAGGCCAGGUGCAGGGCAAGGCUCCAGGGGGUGUCCCACAGAAGUGUCCUGUGUGGAUGCCACCAAGGAGCAGCACCAAAGCAGCAAAGCCAUGGAAACACCAGGAGUGAGUGAGCAGGGCCUGGAGGAUGAUGACCUCUAUGACUGUUCUCAGGAGCUGUUCUCAGUCACCUUUGACCUGGGCUUUGCCAUUGAGGGGUGUGACAGUGACACCUCUGAGGAGAACACAAAUCCUAUUAACAUCAGUAAAUCAAACAGCACCUUAGGGAGUCAUGCAGGUGGACCCAGCAGUGACAGUGAGGAAGAGAUCAUUUUCCAGAGAAAAGCUAGAAGAAAAAAGAAUGUUUUGAAGUCUCCUGAUUCAGAUUCAUCCAGCAACGACAGUGUGGAUUUUCACCAGAACUCAAAGAGGAACAGCAGGAACAGCUCAACAGCCUGGAACAAAACCCACUCCAGACCUGCCAAGCGGCCAAGGGUCAAGAGCAGUUUUACAUCCAAGGAAGCAGCCAGGCAGUUCUUAGAGGAAGAGGCUGAGCUGUCCCAGCAGGAUGCAGAGGGAGUUUCCUCUGAUGAGAGUGAUGGUGCAGAGAGUGAGCUGAGCUCCUCCCUGGCUCAGUUCCUCAACGAUGAUGUGGAGGUCACACAAGCCCUAAAUGACACGGAGAUGAGAGGAGUGUACCUGAAGUCUGUGCACAGUCCAGCCCUUGGCAACAGAUACAAGAUGGUUCACAGGGAAUUCAACAGCUCAGCCAUAUUCUCACAGAUUCCCGAGCAGGACUCAGCCUACGCCGAGGACAGUUUCUGUGUGGGAGAUGGGGAAGAGGAAACCUGCAGACAGAGUGAAUCUAGUGAAGAUGAAGUGUGUGUGAACUUUGAUCUCCUCAACAACGAGAGCUUCACCAGUGGCAGGAACCAGUACGUCACUCGGCGCAGGAGGAGACUGAACCAGGCCAGGCUGGAGCAGAACUCUGUGCCAGAGCAGAGGAGGAAACCAUCCAGGAUUAUUGUUCUCAGUGAUUCCAGCGAGGAGGAAACAGCUGUCAGCAAGGAGAAGCCCAGGAAACCAGACUGUUCCAGGGUGCGAAACUCUUGGAAGAACACCCAUGGGAGCACUUCAGGUCCAGGGCAUCCUGCUGCCACCAAGCCCUCCUCAGCCACAGCUCAGCUUCCCCGGGAAGCUGUGGAGAAAAGCCCUUCCCUGUGCAUCCUGGCAGACAGCAGGGAGAUCUGCUCUGGGGCAGAGGUGAUCUCCUGCCUGAAGGCAGCGCAUGGGGUGAAGGUGCAGGUGUGCUCCCUGGGCAGCAGCGACUACAUCGUCAGCAGCUGCCUGGCCGUGGAGAGGAUGUUCCUGUCCGAGCUGCUGAGCCCUGGCAACAGGGGCAAGGUCAGCCAGAGGCUGCAGCGCCUCCAGGGGCUGUUCCAGAGGGUCUGUGUCAUCGUGGAAACAGACAGGGUCAGGCCAGGAGAGACAUCUCGGUUCCUGCAGCGCACUCAGCACUAUGAUGCUGUGCUCUCAGCCCUGGUCCAGGCUGGCAUCCGAGUCCUGUUCAGCUCUGGGCAGGAGGACAGUGCUGCCUUGCUGAAGGACCUGGCUGUGGUGGAGCAGAGGAAGAACUGUGCCAUCUGUGUGCCCACGGAGGUGGAGGGACCCUGGCGGGACAGGCUCAGCUUCUACCUCAGCAUCCCCAACCUCAGCUACGUGGCUGCCCUCAACCUCUGCCAUGCCUUCCACUCCCUCAGGGACAUGGUCAACAGCUCCCCCCUGGCCCUGGCUAAGGCUGCCCAGGUGAGUCUGCAGAAGGCUGAAGAGAUCCACCACCACCUGCACUACAGCUUCGACCCACAGCUGCUGCCAGAGCACCUCUGCCCUAAGGGGAAGGGCCCUGCAGCCCCCAAGAGCUGA